CCCGCAGGCAACGCAGUUAGCAACGUCUCACUUAAUACAACUCAGAACUGAUCCAAUUUCGGGGAAGCGAUAUUUGGUUGUUAGUUUAGUCCUGUCACUCUCGAUUGACAGGGUAGCUGUGUUGAACUCGCUUUCUUUUCACUCAGUUUUCCUUCCAGAGCCCAGUCGAAUCGACGGCUGGCUGCUCGGGUCUGGCCAUGUCGAUUCGCCAACCAUGAACAUGAAUAUCUUCCGCAUCUUGGGCGAUGUCUCCCAUACCGCCUCGAAAUGUAUACUCAUCUGGGCUAUUCAUUCCAAUAAGAGCGCUGAAGGCGUCUCCCUCCUGACCCAGAUCCUCUAUAUCGUUGUCUUCGUUAGCCGCUAUCUAGACCUCUUCUGGGUCCCUCCCUCGGCAUCAUGGUGGAAUUUCAUCCUCAAGAACUUCUAUAUCUGGUCUUCGAUCUACAUCAUCAUCUUGAUGACAAGAGUUUUUGCGCGGACCCGCGAGCGAGAAAAGGCCUGGAAAUGGGGUGCCUAUGCCACUGCGGCAUCGAUGCUUGCGGCUCCUCUGGUCUGCUUGACCUUUAACGGCCCGCGUCGAACCACUUUCACCGAAGUCCUGUGGACAUUCUCCAUCAUCCUCGAAUCUGUCUGUGUUCUUCCACAGCUCCUCCUCCUGCGACAGACCACCGUCCCCACCGUCAUUGACUCUUUCUACCUCGUCACUCUAGGCUCCUACCGAGCAUUCUACAUUCUCAAUUGGAUCUAUCGAGCCUUCACUCCGUCGAAACCAGAUGCCAUUUCGGUCAUUUUUGGCAUCGUGCAAACCGCAUUCUACAUCGACUUCGCAUGGGUCUACUGGACGAGGCAAAGAGUCAAGCUCAGGGGAGGUGGCAUUGUCGAUGCAGAGGACCUGCGGAAAGGCUGGCUAGUGAACAGGGUCAUCAACCCUGCGCGACAACCGCCAGAACAGGACCCAGAGGGCGGUGAUGACGAGAGCAACGGGCAGCCGCAGCAACCGAAGGUCAACCGCUGGGGCCCGCGAGGGAUAUCGAUCUCGGCGGACGACACGUUGCAAGACCAUGACAAAGGCAAAAGAGCAGCCAAAUCCUCGACCCCGGAAGCCAAUCCGAUGUUGGAAGAUGAUACUUUUGAGUCGGACGAGGAGGAGGACGUGCCUAGGCUAGAUGAGCCUGGAAACAAGGUGUUGAACAGCGGCGAGGACUGGCGUGAGAACUCGUCAUCACGGCAGUGAAACAUUCCCUUGUAUAACAUGUAGCCCUUUCUUUUCUCUCGCCAUGUGUUAGCGGUCUUGUGGGGUGUUCAUUUUAUCUGAAGCCGCUGGGUGUGGGCUCAAUGUUGAAGUACAAAGGCGUUCUACGAAUGUGGUGAGUCUAGCGCUGGACUGGAUCUGCUUUGACGAUGAAGGUGCUAGGCAACGACCAGGAAAGUAGUCGUAGACACGAAUAGACGUGUCUGACUCUGAAGGACACAACGAGAUCUUGCGGUAGUCGGUCACUGUCGCUUGCGGGUGGCUUGAAUCUAUAUUCAAGGCAAUACUUUGACAAAUGACCACCAAGAAAAAUAGCUUGUCAGACGCAAACACAUCGUAAGAGUAAUCAAC